ACUCUAUGUGUGUUUAUUCCGUUUGUGUUCCCGCUCCUUUAACAGCCCGCCUGCAGGUUUAACUGAAAGCAGCAGCUUGUAUUAGAGGCUAGGUGGCUAACGGCUAAUCCUGAUCAGCUGAUUAUCGGAGGAGUUUCAGGUGAUUAAAGAAAAUGGACACACGGUUCACUCGAGGGAAAUCCAACAUCCUGGAGCGACCUUUGACCCGACCGAAGACCGAGGUCAGCGUGAGCGCCUUCGCCCUCCUGUUCUCAGAGAUGGUGCAGUACUGCCAGAGCCGGGUCUACUCUGUGACGGAGCUGCAGACCCGCCUGGCCGACAUGGGUCAGAGUGUGGGGGCGAGCAUGCUGGACGUGCUCGUGCUGAGAGAGAAGAACGGGAAGAGGGAGACCAAACUGCUCAACAUGCUGCUCUUCAUCAAGGUGAACGUCUGGAAGUCUUUGUUCGGGAAGGAGGCCGACAAACUGGAGCAGGCCAACGACGACGACAAAACCUACUACAUCAUCGAGAAGGAGCCGCUCAUCAACGCCUACAUCUCCGUCCCCAAAGAGAACAGCAGCCUGAACUGCGCCGCCUUCACUGCCGGCAUCGUGGAGGCCAUCCUCACGCACAGCGGCUUCCCCGCCAAGGUGACGGCUCACUGGCACAAAGGCACCACGCUCAUGAUCAAGUUCAACGAGUCGGUCAUCACCAGGGACAAAGCUCUGGACGGGAGAUAAGAAGGACUGGAGGGAGGUUGUAGAUCUGUGCAUUAUAAAGGGUUUGAUCCAGACUGUGGUGGACCUGGUCUUACAGGAGGACUUGAUGUUUGAAUUGCUGAAUCAUCCGGGACCACACAGAGAGAAAACAUGCAGCUCUUUGUCUCCUGGUGUCGUAAUACUCUGAGGGUUUCUGUAACAAAGAGUUAAACUCACAGAGAGGUCCAGACGUCUUCUCUUCAUUCCAGUCCAACAGCUGCGUGUUCAGUCUCUGUGAUAUAGAUUAACAGCUCACUCUCUCUCUGAUUACAUGUUUUAUUUGUGCUUUUAUUGUAUUUAAUGUGUGUUUGCAGGAAUCAGUAUAAACAAGAUGAUUAUCGUUUUUAUGUCAGGACCUUUUUUUCUUUCUGAAAACUGACUCUGAGACGAAGACAGACGCAGAGUUUCUCUCUGAGAUUAUGAACAGAACCAUGAUGUUUGUAGAAAAACUGAUUUCAGAUGUUUUUCUAGCUCAAAUUAAAAUGACACUCCGCUAACAC